AGUUGUUGCCCCCCUCCUUUCCCCUCCCUCCUCUUAUAUCUAGUAGACCAACUAGGGAACCCCUCUCUCUCUCUCUCUCUCUCUCUCCCCUUGCAAGCACCUUUCUUUCACAACUCAUAACCAAGAAAGAAAAAAAAGCAGAUCCAAGGUGGUUAAGCUGUCAUUCUAUCAAUCAAUCAAUCAAUCAAUCAAGCAGACCAAUCAUCAAUCAGUUUUUAAAAGAAAAGGAAAUCAAAAAAAUGUCCUCCUCUUCUACCUUGUCUUUGGACCACCUUCCUCCCUCGGAGCAGCUCUGUUAUGUCCAUUGCAACAUUUGCGACACUGUCCUCGCGGUGAGUGUCCCUUGCACCAGUUUGUUCAAGACUGUAACGGUAAGAUGUGGGCACUGCACCAACCUCCUGCCAGUGAACAUGCGAGGGUUGCUUCUGCCUUCGGCUAAUCAGUUUCAUCUCGGUCACUCUUUCUUCUCUUCUUCCCAUAAUCUUCUGGAAGAGAUACCAAAUCCAACCCCAAACUUCUUGAUCAACCAGACCAACGCGACUGAAUUCACCAUGCCUCCACGGGGAGGAGUCGAUGAGCUUCCCCGCCCACCAGUCAUUAAUAGACGUGAGAUGCAUUUCAUCUUUGAGAUCCGGCCAGUUUUCUCUUUCAAGAAAUUUUCUACAAACAUA